UGACUUUUAUCUCCUCUUCACUUCCUGUAGUUGAUCAAGCAACAUGGCAGCCUCCAGCAAGACGCCAAGCAGACGAGUGUUUGUGGUCGGGGUAGGCAUGACAAAGUUUGAGAAGCCAGGUCGGCGGGAUGACUUUGACUACCCAGAGAUGGCGAAAGAAGCAGGCACAAAGGCCCUUGAGGAUGCUGGUAUAUCUUAUGAUGAGGUGCAGCAGGCUUGUGUCGGAUAUGUUUACGGUGACACAACAAGUGGACAGAGAGCGCUGUAUCAGCUUGGAAUGAGUGGAAUUCCCAUCUAUAAUGUAAACAAUGCUUGUGCUACUGGAUCCACUGCUCUAUAUAUGGCAAGAAACCUCAUUCUGGGAGGGCUUGCUGACUGCGUGUUGGCUCUCGGCUUUGAGAAGAUGGAGAGAGGAUCGCUGAAGAAGAAGUUUACUGACAGAACAAAUCCAAUGGACAAACACAUGGAGGUGAUGAUGAAUGCCCACGGUCUGGAGAGGGGCCCAGUCACGGCCCAGAUGUUUGGAAACGCCGGCAAGGAACACAUGCAGAAAUACGGAACAAAACCAGAACAUUUUGCCAAAAUUGCCUGGAAAAACCACAAACAUUCCACGAAUAAUCCCUACUCUCAGUUUCAAGAUGAGUAUUCCCUGGAACAAAUCAUGGCAUCCCCCAAAAUCCACGAUCCACUCACCAAAUUACAAUGUUGUCCAACAUCAGAUGGAGCAGGGGCAGCCAUUCUUUGCAGUGAAGAAUUUGUCAAAAAACACAAUCUACAAAACCAGGCUGUUGAGAUUGUUGCCAUGGAAAUGGGUACUGACUUCCCCAGCACAUUCAAGGAGAACUCAUGCAUGAAAAUGGUUGGAUAUGACAUGGCUAAAGCUGCAGCUGACAGGGCAUUUGAGAAAGCAGGUUUGAGUCGAGAUGCAGUGCAGGUUAUAGAACUUCAUGACUGUUUCUCAUGUAAUGAGCUGAUCACAUACGAGGCGCUGGGUCUGUGUGGAGAAGGGAAGGCUAAAGAUUUGGUUGACUCUGGGAACAACACGUACGGUGGGAAGUAUGUCAUUAACCCGAGUGGUGGACUCAUCUCCAAGGGCCAUCCUCUGGGUGCCACUGGUCUGGCUCAGUGUGCAGAGCUCUGUUGGCAACUGCGUGGAAUGGCUGGGAAAAGACAAGUCAAGGGAGCUAAGGUGGCUCUACAACACAAUCUAGGACUAGGGGGCGCUGUGGUCAUUUCUAUUUAUAGACUGGGAUUUCCUAAUGCUCAAAUGGGGAGACAAAUCCAGGCAGCUCCUGCCAGCAGCUCGGCUGAGAAGGACUUCAAAUGUCGAGUCAUCUUCGAUGAAAUCAAAGAAAAUCUGGACAAGGAUGGCCAAGCCUGGGUGAAGAAGAUGAAAGGAAUUUUCUGUUUUAAAGUGAAAGGUUCUGGUGGAAAGGAGGGUGUAUGGGUUGUGGAUGCCAAGAAUGGCAGUGGAUCAGUCAAGUUUGGAGCCGAUCCCAAAGGUGACGUGACGAUUAUAAUGACAGAUGAUGAUAUGGUUAACCUAAUGACAGGAAAACUCAAUCCUCAACAGGCAUUCUUCCAAGGAAAACUAAAAAUCCAGGGAAAUAUGGGACUAGCCAUGAAACUGAGAGAAUUCCAGAAUAGAACUAAGUCUAAGCUGUGAAGAAACAAGAUGUCAGAAUCACCAUCAGCGAAGAGACUUUUACUCAGAUAACAUUGCAUUAUUCAGAGAGACCAUGUGACUAUUCAUCCACCAAUCAUCACCUUAUAAUUUGAUCAUGUGACCAUACCAACUGUUGAUCAGUAGAUGUGAUUU